CUCUCACCUAAGCACGCCAAAAGCCACCACAACCCAAAAACCCCCCAACACCACCUCCUCCCCGUCGCCGUCGCAAUCGCUGCCGGCGCUAGCUAGGUCACGCCUCCUCUCCCCGCUCCGACGAUGUCGGCGCCCUCCGACCCUGCGGCGACCGAGGCCACAUCCCACGCGCCCGCGUCCGCAGCGUCCGCCGCCUCCUCAAGCAGUGGCCUCACCUUUAAGCUUCACCCCCUCGUCAUCGUGAACGUCUCUGACCACCACACCCGCGUCAAGGCCCAGGCCGCCUGCUCCGGGGACAGCUCCUCCUCGUCCGGUGCGGCGGCGGGACAGCCGCCGAGGGUGUUCGGGUGCGUGAUCGGGGUGCAGCGCGGGCGGACGGUGGAGAUCUUCAACAGCUUCGAGCUCGUGCUCGACCCCGUCUCCGGAAUCCUCGACCGCGCCUUCCUCGAGAAGAAGCAGGAGCUUUAUAAGAAGGUGUUCCCCGACUUCUACGUGCUGGGUUGGUACUCCACUGGGAGCGAUGUGCAGGACACUGACAUGCAAAUCCACAAAGACUUGAUGGAUGUUAACGAAAGUCCUGUUUAUCUUCUAUUAAAUCCUGCAAUCAACCUCUCCCAGAAGGAUCUCCCUGUGACUAUUUAUGAGAGUGAGUUGCACGUUAUCGACGGGAGUCCUCAGCUCAUCUUUGUCAGAUCAAAUUAUACAAUUGAGACUGUAGAGGCGGAGAGGAUAUCUGUAGACCAUGUUGCCCAUCUCAAACCAUCUGAUGGUGGCUCUGCAGCAACUCAGUUGGCUGCUCAUCUUACAGGAAUACACAGUGCCAUCAAGAUGCUCAAUAGCAGGGUCCGUGUUAUCCAUCAGUAUCUUGUUGCCAUGCAAAGGGGUGAGAUUCCAGUGGAUAACUCACUGCUUAGGCAAGUUUCAAGCCUUGUAAGAAGACUACCGGCUAUGGAGUCACAGAAAUUCCAAGAUGACUUCUUAAUGGAAUACAAUGACACUCUCCUUAUGACUUAUCUUGCAAUGUUCACCAACUGUUCAAGCACAAUGAAUGAGUUGGUCGAGAAGAUCAAUACUAGCUAUGAGAGACCCACUACCAGAAGAGGAGGCCGAGGUGCUUUCAUAUAAUUCACCUGCGUUGCUUCUGCUGCUGCUCUCAUCCGCGGAGAUUUUUGGAAAUAGUUUCUUGUAUCCCGAGGCUAUUUUCAUGCAAUCUACGGCUAUACAGCAGCUCUUGAGUUACUUAAAACUUCCUAUGUUCUCUUGGUUCGGUAGGGACUAGGCAAACAUGAUGAUUUGCUCGAUUCUGUGCGUAGGUGAUAAUCCCGCUUGUGCCGCAUGAUAUGUAAAGUUCAUCCUCUCACUAGCAAUUCUGUUUAAUUCGCAAAUGGAUAUUGAUGCUGGUUUGCGUACCUCACUGUGCUUAACAAAACCUUGAAAUCAAGCACCGCGCUAUUAUUGUUGUUGUCU